CUGCUCUCUGUGGCUUUCUAAACUCUGCUGGGCAUCGUUGCGCGUCAAAACAUUGCGUCUCUGCAGGACUUGCCAGGGCCAGAGAAGAGAGGAAAUUUGCCUGGGAAGGAAUGCGAAAGCGGUUUUAGGAUUGGCACUGCCACGAGGAAAAACGAGGACGUGCCACAUUUUCUAGGCUACGUGGAGGAUACCCGUAUUUUCUUCCUUUCAAAGGUGUUCACCUCCCAACCCACCGCCCACCACGGCCCUCACCUGUGUGUUGCGGUGCUUCCCCUGUGAGCCGACCUGGGCUGGCAGUCCCUUCUUGCACCGCCCGCCAACCCCGCCCAUGGUCAGGAUGACGCGCUCCAAGACCUUCCAGGCGUACCUGCCGAGCUGCCACCGGACCUACAGCUGCAUCCACUGCCGAGCUCACCUAGCCAACCACGACGAGCUCAUUUCAAAGUCAUUCCAGGGCAGCCAGGGCAGAGCAUACCUGUUCAACUCAGUGGUGAAUGUUGGGUGUGGCCCUGCAGAGGAGAGAGUUCUGCUCACGGGCCUGCACGCUGUAGCAGAUAUCUACUGUGAGAACUGCAAGACCACCCUUGGCUGGAAAUACGAACAUGCUUUUGAGAGCAGUCAGAAGUAUAAAGAGGGCAAAUUCAUCAUCGAGCUGGCCCACAUGAUCAAGGACAACGGCUGGGACUGAGGGGCGAGCAGCCGGGUGAAAACCGCAGCGGAGGAGGAGGAGGGGAGGGACUGGGUAGAGGGUGGGAGCGGGGUCGUGUGUGGUGGGUGAGUGUGUGACUUUGGUUUGGCUGAUUUACCAUUAACCUUUGUAACUUACUACCCAUCCCUCCCUAUCACACCUCUCGAUGUACACACACAAAAACACACGCGUCAAAGUCCCAGACAUCCCAGUUUGACAGAGAGACGGACUAGGCAGGCUUGUACGCAGCUAGCAGGACUAGGUGACUGGCCAGCAACAGUAUACGAGGCAAGAUGUCUAAUUUCUUUUUCUGAGCCUUUAAAAAGACAGCCGCACUCCCUCUAUACCUGCUAGGAGACGUCUCCACUGUGUGAAGUAUUGUACCUUGUCUAAUAAUAACUUUAAAAACAUUUGUUAACGGGAAAUUUAGCCAGAACGAGACCGGUUGGCCCAGCCUGCAGGGGUUCGACGGCCUUGAAUGAGGAGCUGACAAACGUCCACUCCGUCCCCGACGUAAAAGAGAUGACCUAAUAUGAUUAUAGCAAAUCCAGCUGAUCGGGGCCAUGCCAGCUGGGCCAUUGAUGAGGCCUGGCACUGAGGCUUGGCACGGAGGCCCGAGCACAUGGGGCGCUGAGUUGGGGAUGGGGGGGUAGAGAUUGCCACCCACUGGGCCUCUCACUCUAAAUGGUGGGAGAGGGAAGGGUCCUGAUCCAUUUUUGUUGAGGCUCUGAUGGUUUCUGGCUGGGAUCCACUCCAUGUCAUGCCAGUGAUGCGGCUCAGGACGAUCAGGGUGAGCCGAAUGUGGAAGAGAGAUAGAGAUGGACAGCCACCAGCUUGUUCCAAAACCCUCACAGGAAUUUGCCCUCACAGCAGCAAAGCAGCUCUCCCGGGUUUUAUUCAUCCUUCAAUACACCAAAGUCGUGUAAAGGGAUCUGCUGAUCGUUCCCCCGAGCCCGUCUGGUGUCGGCGGACCCAUCGCUGAGCCCACCUUUGUUACAUGACCAGACUGAAUUACAAAACGUAGGCACGUCUCAGGUCAGCAACUUUGGCCAGAGUUCCUAAAAGGUUUGCAAACACUGUGAGCAACUUUCCGCUGCUUAGAGGAAGAGCAAAGGUGAUGAGGCGAUCAGUGAGAUGCAAACACAUUUGAAGAAGCCAACCAGCCAGUGGUUAGAGAGCGACUGAUUUCAUGUGUCUAGAGAACAUGAAAAUAUACUUUUAACCGAGUUAUACAUGACUGCAGAUUUUCAGUCAUCACUCAAAGGCUCUCUUUCAGUCUGGGAUGACUGCUGUUUAACUGCUGUUACCCUGAUCGUUAUCUAACUGUCCCUUGUUUAAAAAAGGAGAACCUAAUGGGUAACAUUAUGAAGCAAUGUAUGAGAUUCACUUUUGUUCCUAAAUGCACCGACACAUGAUCUACCUAGCUUACUAAAUACUCCUCAUCCACUAAGGGUCUUGGAUUAAUCACAGUGCGAGGUAACCUUCGUUGCUCAGGUUCAUUGAUGCUAACUUUUCUUUGCUAAGGCCAGGAUCCUACAAAACGAGCUGGGUGUGUUAUUCUCCGAUGGAAAUGUGUUGUUUUCAAAUGAGAGAAUCCAUUACAGCUGCCUCCAUCCCAUGCAAAUGCACUGUUAAUGCAUGCACGGUAUAAAGUUUUCUGACUAGUUUUGUGCUAGAGAUCCUCAUGAUGGGGUUUUUUUUUGGGGUGAAAAACAGCAUUUUGUGCGUAUUAAAGUUCCAAUCAAACCUUGUGCUGUAACUUGACAUCUAGUCAGCUUCAUCUCAGUCCGUUUGAGCUGUGAGAUGUAUCGCAGAUUAAAUGUGAUCCUGGUUUAGAAAAGUAAAAAUUAGUUGCUCUGUUUUGUCACAGACACAGUUUUCCUGCGAACAUUGCUCUAGAAGUUGCCCCGUAUGUGAAGAGUCCUUUUCAGUUGCAACCAAACCUUAACGGUUAACUCUCGUCGGUAACUCUCACCGCUCAGUCCGAGGCUGCAGCGUUAAAAACCCAGCACUACCAAAGAACCCACCCAUCAACAAUAAAUUGACCAAACAAAAGAUUUCAUUUUGCUUGGGCAAAGUGUUGCAUAACAAGGGGUGUGCAUAUAGCUGAAAGCCAAGGUUGUGGAUAGCCUUUCUCUGUGAUAUAUAAUAUACAUACAUGCAUUACUUUGAUUUUGUAAACAGAUCUUAAUAUAUGAAUAUAUUCUAUUUACUGUAUUCAUCAUUCAUGUCAACCUCUGUGUUACAGAUUGUAAACAGUGUUAAUGUAUUGUGUUUUAUCUAUGAUCCUUACGAUGAUGAAUGAAUAUGAUUUAGGUCAUGUCAUGCUUUCUCUCUGGUACCCCACAUUGGCUGUACGAUACUACUUUUUUUACUGAAAAUGUUUCAAUUUUAAUGUGUUUUUUAAAGGAGGAUGCUGAUGUUGACUAUAUAUCAUUGGAUCUUCAUCUAAUAAAAUGCAUCACGGUA